AUGGAGAAGGAGCGUGUGGAGGUGCGCACGCGGCCGAGGCCACCGCUGCCGGCGUCGCAACAGCGCGCGGUGGACCAGUUCUGGAUGGAGCGCCAGGAGGAGAUCGAGGCGACGGUGGACUUCAAGGACCGGAUGCUGCCCAUGGCCCGGCUGAAGAAGGUCAUCGUCCGCGCCACCGAGGAUGACGAGGACGGCAUGAUGAUCUCCGCGGACACGCCGGCGUUUCUCUCCAAGCUAUGCGAGCUCUUCGUGCAGGAGCUCGCCGUGCGUUCCUGGGCGUGCGCCCGCUCCCACAACCGCCGAAUCAUACUCGGCGCCGACAUCGCCGAGGCCGUCGCAGCCACCGAGGACGGCAACACUUUUGAAGGUGAUAACUCCGCUGCUGAAAUGGUGAGAGCUCCUCCUCCUUUGGCAGCGUCUGCAGCAGGAGAGCUACAGACCAGCACUGUUCCUCCUGCUCCUUGCUACUUCUACUCGUACCCGGUGAUCGACGACAAUCUUGACGCAUUCGCUCUUGGCAACACCGAACCGAGUGGAAACACUGAAAAUCCUGCCGGAAAUGCCGACGGAAACGUCAAUGGUGCUAUUGGUGUCGCUCAUGGUGGCCAGCAGCAGGUGCUGAGCGGAAACCUUGGCAACACUGAUCCGAGUGGAACUGGGAACGAGUCCCCAAUGCACUACAUGCUUCUGGAGGAGGUCCUGCUGGAUCAAGACCUGCUGUUUCCUCCUGACGCUGCUGAUAUGUUUCCGGAUCCGGAGGAUUUCAUCAUCGACCAAGAUGUUCUUCACGACGUCUUCGCCGACCCAAGUAGCAGCAGCAGCAGCACUUGCAGCAACUAA